GACAGACCGCUGCCGCCGAAUUUAAAGAGACAGGCGAUAGUUAUUUAAAAUACGAUAAACGGCAACCAUUGUCCCUUAGCUGAUUUUUUUUUUAGCCUCUGCUUGUUUAACUCGAUGGUGGUGGUGAUGUUGACUCAAAGUCUGUCACCUCUUCCGUCAUUUCUCUUCUCCUCCGACUGUACAGUCCACAGCUCCAGCUAAAGGCAAAGGAAAGGGUUUACUGCUCCAGCUAAAGGCAAAGGAAAGGGUUUACUGCUCCAGCUAAAGGCAAAGGAAAGGGUUUACUGCUCCUCGCUUUUUGGGCAGGCUGGCUUCCCGACCGAGAGGACGGUUUGUCGGCUAGCCAACAACCAGGAGGAGGGUUAAUAACACCGAAGGAAGAAAAAAAGCUCUCAAGUUGUGGCUCUCUCAAAAAAGCCUCCCUCCUGUCGCCGGGAUAAUGGCGAAGAUUCAGGCGCACAGCACCGCCAAGCAAAUAAACCAAAUCCAAGAGAAGCCUUACGUUAUCACACAAAAGCAAGUGCAGCAGCAGCAGCAGCAGCAGCACUUCCAGAAGCUGAAGGUUGAAGAUGCCUUGUCAUAUCUGGACCAAGUCAAGAUCCGCUUUGCAAAUGAUCCCGGCAUAUACAACAAGUUUCUCGACAUCAUGAAAGAGUUCAAGUCACAAAGCAUCGACACACCGGGGGUGAUAAACCGAGUGUCGCAGCUCUUCCACGGACACCCGGACCUCGUGCUCGGCUUCAACGCCUUCCUGCCCCCGGGGUAUCGGAUAGAAGUCCCCAAGAAUGGAGUGGCUUUCCUCCAGUCGCCCUUCUCUGCACAGGUGUCCCCCGGCCAUCAGGGGAAGAACGCCCCCCUUUCUUCCGUGGUGGCCCCCUCAGGUAGUGCCUCUGGACCCAGCGUUGAAUCUGGACCCGCUUUGACCUCUGAAAUCAAAGUGACUCCAUCAGAGUCCCAGUCCUCUUCCACCACCACCACCACCACCACCGCCACCACCCCCACAGGACCCCCAGACCCCCCCAGCAGGCUCUCCCUCCCCCUCACCAGCAGAGAGAACCAGCCCACCACCUCCUCUGUGUCUCCCCCCGCCUCAGAGACCAGCCCUGUGGAGUUCGACAGUGCCAUCAGCUACGUAAACAAGAUUAAAAACCGCUUCCUGGAUCACCCCGAAAUCUACAGAGCCUUCCUGGAGAUCCUCCACACAUAUCAGAAGGAGCAGCUGGAGGUGAAGGAGAGCCGGGGCAGCCGGGGCAGCAGCGGCAUGACAGAAGAUGAAGUUUUUUCUAAAGUUGCCAGUCUUUUCAAAGGGCAAGAAGACCUGCUGGCUGAGUUUGGUCAAUUCUUACCUGACGCCAAAAGAUCAUUGUUCACAGGAAGCUCACUGACAGGAGGCAAAGAGCAGCUAAAAAGGCCGGAGGACGAUGAUUUGAUAUCCAAGCAGAAUAAAAAGAGACCCAGGCCGAUCCUUCUGCAGCACAUGUCCCCCCUGCUCAAGAAGAAAAUGAAGUAUUCCUGUACCAAAGAUCAGUCUUUUGCUUCUGUCGGCAAACAUGGCGUCUUAAGAGAAUUCUCCUUCUUUGAUAAGGUCCGCCGCCUGUUUAAAAGCCAGGAAGUCUACGAGAACUUCCUGCGCUGCAUCGCCUUGUUCAACCAGGAAGUAGUUUCGGGAGCGGAGCUGCUGCAGCUGGUCACGCCUUUCCUGGGGAAGUUUCCCGAGCUGUACACACAGUUCAAGUCGUUUCUGGGGGACAAAGAGCUCUCUCAUGCGGUGUCCGGGCUGUCGGAUCGCUACAUGGAGGGGGGGGGGGGCCGCGAGGUGGAUUACGCCUCCUGUAAGCGCCUGGGCUCCAGCUACCGAGCGCUGCCCAAGACCUACCAGCAGCCCAAAUGCAGCGGACGCACCGCCCUCUGCAAGGAGGUGUUGAACGACACCUGGGUGUCAUUCCCCUCUUGGUCGGAGGACUCCACCUUCGUCAGCUCGAAGAAGACUCCCUACGAGGAGCAGCUGCACCGCUGCGAGGACGAAAGAUUCGAGCUGGACGUGGUUCUGGAGACGAACCUGGCCACCAUCAGAGUUCUGGAGAGCGUGCAGAAGAAGCUGACCCGCCUCUCCCCGGAGGAUCAGGACCGCUUCCGGUUAGACGACUGCCUGGGCGGCACCUCGGAGGUCAUCCAGCGCCGCGCCGUGUACCGGAUCUACGGAGACAAAGCGCCCGAGAUCAUCGAGGGUCUGAAGAGGAAUCCUGCCACCGCCGUGCCUGUGGUGCUCAAGAGGUUGAAAGCGAAGGAGGAGGAGUGGCGGGAGGCUCAGCAGGGCUUCAAUAAGAUCUGGAGGGAGCAGUACGAGAAGGCGUACCUGAAGUCUCUGGACCACCAGGGGGUGAACUUCAAGCAGAACGACAUGAAGGCUCUGCGCUCCAAGAGCCUGCUCAACGAGAUCGAGAGCGUCUACGAUGAGCGUCAGGAGCAGAGCACAGAGGGAAAUGUCUCCGUCACCAGCGAGCCCCACAUGGUGUUCACCUACAACGACAAACAGAUCCUAGAAGACGCCGCGGCGCUCAUCAUCUACCACGUGAAACGCCAGCCCACCAUCCACAAAGACGACAAGGACCACAUCAAGCGCAUCAUCCAGCACUUUGUCCCCGAUCUGUUCUUCUCCCGCCGGGGCGAACUCAGCGACACCGAGGACUGGACUGACGACGAAGUGGAGCCAGAAGAGGGUGGAGAACGAGUAGAGAGAGGAGGAGAAAGAGGUGGAGAAAGAGGAGUAGAGAGAGGUGGAGAGAGAGGUGGAGAAAGAGCACCAGAAAGAGCGCCAGAAAGAGCGCCAGAAAGAGCGCCAGAAAGAGCUCCAGAAAGAGCGCCAGAAAGAGCGCCAGAAAGAGCGCCAGAAAGAGCGCCAGAAAGAGCACCAGAAAGAGCGCCAGAAAGAGCACCAGGAGGAGAUGGAAAUAAUAAUAAUAAUGUAUCCUCAGCAACAGGAAGUCAGCCUCAACCCCAACAACCACAGCAUCUGAACGGAGAAUCCAGGCGGAGGCGAUGCAGCCCUUCUCAACUCGUAGAAACUGAAGCUUCCACCACCUCCAUCACUUCCUCUACCAUCACCUCCACCAUGACCUCCAGCCAGCCUUUAGGCCCCGCCUCCUCCUCCACCCCGGGGUCAACUCCCAUGGGUGGAGUUGGAGGUGGAGGUGGAGGAGUGCCGGGAGAGAAGGUGGACCUGCGGGACCCCGAGGCGGAGCACCAGAAGGAGAUGGACGGCGUCUACAACCUCUACUUCGUCAACAACAACUGGUACUUCUUCCUGAGGCUGCACCAGACGCUGUGCUCGCGGCUGCUGAAGGUCUACAGGCAGGCGGAGCGGCAGCUGCUGGAGCAUCGGGCGGAACAGAGCCGCGAGAGGCUGCUAUUGGCCGAGGGGAGGCGGGAGAAAGCAUGUGACCUCGCCAUGGAGCUGCGCCUCAAACAGCCCAGUGAGGUGGAGCUGGAGGAAUAUUACCCCGCCUUCCUGGACAUGGUGCGCAGCCUGCUGGAUGGAAACCUGGACUCCACUCAGUACGAGGACACGCUGAGGGAGAUGUUCACCAUCCACGCCUACAUCGGAUUCACCAUCGACAAGGUCAUCCACAACAUCAUCCGCCAGCUGCAGCACCUGGUGAGCGACGAGGUGUGUCUGCAGGUGGUGGAUGUUUACCUGGCGGAGAGGAAGAGGGGGGCAGCGGGGGGGAACCUGUCCUCGCAGUGCGUUCGCUCAGCCUGGGAAACGAGCUACCAGUGGAAGGCUGAGAGAGUCAUGGCGGAGGAGAACUGCUUCAAGGUGAUGUUUCUCCAGAACACGGGUCAGGUGACGAUGACGGUGGAGCUGCUGGACACAGAGGAGGCUCAAGCCGACGACCCGUUAGACGUACAGUGCCUGUCGAGCUACAUGGAGCAGUUUGUAGGAACAGAGUCCAGUCUGUGUUCUCAGGAGGGAUACUUCUUCAAACCUGUGUUCCUGCCCAGGAAUCUGCGGCGUUUCCGGCGCUGGCAGGUGCGCCAGGUGGAGGCGAUGCGCUGCCGGAGGGAAUGGCACCGGCAGCUCGGAGUGGAGAACGCCGGCAGCCUGGACUGCCGCUUCAAACUCAACACUCACAAGAUGGUGUUCGUCAUGAACUCCGAGGACUACAUGUACCGCAGGGGGGCGCUGGUCAAGGCCCGCAAGUCGCAGCACAGAGUGGCAGCCAAUCAGCACGACCGCUUCGACAAGUGGCACCAGGGCUGGCUGGCCAAUCACGUGACGGCGCCGGCGGAUCGGGCCGUUCAGAACUGGCUUCUGGGAGAAGAGACGGACGACAUGAUCCCCUGCAAGACCACCUGCCUGCAGACCAAGCUGAAGGGCCAAGCUGUGAACAGAUACCAGGUUCAUUACAGCGGUAGCAAAGCCCCCGCCUCCCCGUAGACACACACACACACACACACACACACACACACACACACACACACACACACACACACACACUUACACACACACACACAGACACACAGACACAGGUAAAUGCAUGGACGUACAGGACAUUCACUAAACAGACAGUUCUCUCUAAGAAAAAAUAACGGGACAAACACAGACAGUGAAGUAAUCACGGAGCGUGGACUCGGCCCUGUUUACGGCACGAGUCGGCACAAAAUGGCGACCUUCAUCAUCCUCCUUAUCGUCCGGCUUCUCUGGCGGCACUCAAAGUUGACGGACACACAGACGAGAAGUUAUGAAAUCAUGAAAUCAUGAAAUUUGUUUCAGAAAAUGUGAAUGUCUGUUUCUUUUUUCUCCUUUUUUCUGUUUUAUUUUUUUAAAGUCGUGUAGUUUUUAGCUUCUAAAGCCGGAGAGCCUUCUGUGUGUGGGUUGGUUGGUUAAUGCGUGUUUAUAUGGAGAGAUAAUGGUAAACGUGUGUAUGUGUGUGCUGCUCUCUUCCUCUGUCUGUUUGUAUGCCCAGUACAGGCUCUACAACUCUAGUAAUUGCAUUAUUACUGUACUGUAUGUGCAUAUAUAUAUAUAUAACAGGGAUCCUGUAUUUUUAUAUAUGCAUCUACACAUCUUAAGAUCACGUGGUUCUUUACAGUGUUUGCUGUCAGCCAACUCUUGAUGUUUUGCAUUAUUUUUGUUUUCCUUUUUUGUGUUGUAGCUAAACAAGUUAUCACCAAGGCAACAAGGAGUCCUUAAAAUGAUUGGUUUAAAAUGGACGACGCAGUCAGAUUAUGUAUCAUGGUCAUGAUACUCAAUGUUUACUUUGUACUGUCUUUUUUUUGCAUACUGACAUUGAAAAUAAAAGCAAAAUAUCAGUGUUAAAAUAGAAUGUAUAACAUUUAUCCUGUAUCAGUUAUCAUGAAAUAAACAACCUGGUUGUGACCUUCUUAGACGUG